UAGUGAACUCGCGGUGAUAAUCAAAGCCCAAACUUCUAUUAGAGCUUGCCCUCUCCUUCGUUCCCUCCCUUAACCCGUAACAAAAAUGGCGCUGGUCGGCCUUCAUAGGCUGACCUCCCGAUUCCACCGAUCUCCUCCCCUGUAUCACUACUCCAAGUCCAUACUCUCCAGUUCCUCUUCUUCUUCAUCGCCAUCCUCCACCUCCAGCUCCAAGAAGGUCGCCGAUCGCAUCGUGAAGCUGUUCGCGAUUGACCCUGAUGGGCAAAAGCGGGAGGUGUUAGGGCUGGCAGGGCACACCCUUCUGCGAGCUCUGUCCAACCACGGCCUCAUUGACCCUGCUUCACACCGCCUGGAGGACAUUGACGCCUGCUCCGCCGAGUGCGAGGUCAGCAUCGCCCAGGAGUGGCUCGAAAAGCUCCCUCCUCCCUCCUACGACGAGCAGUACGUGCUCAAGAGGAAUUCCAGGUCUAGGGUUCUCAACAAGCAUUCCAGACUCGGUUGUCAGGUCGUCCUCAACCAUGACCUCCAAGGUAUGGUCGUUGCGGUCCCCGAACCCAAACCUUGGGAUACUCCCUAAACUCAAAUCGACAAAUUAGGGCUUUUUUUUCCCGGUGUUUCUCUUCAUUUGAAUAAUUUGCGCCCUCUUGUUGGUUAAUGCGAUUUUAAAUAUGCGUUGUGUAAGAUUGCAUGACGUUUUGUAUUUGUAAUUUGAAUUUCCUGGAAUUUAUGUUCUUGAUCACUCAUUUUCUGCGUUUAAUUUUAAGAAUUUAUGUUUUUGGGUC